AUGGAGGCAUCAGGAAUCUUGGAAGCAAUCCAAGCCGAGACCACAUGUGUCAUCUGCUUGGACUACAUGAGAGAGCCCGUCACCAUUGAGUGUGGGCACAACUUCUGCCAAGUCUGCCUGCAAGCAUCAUGGCAAGAUCAUCAGGACAGAUUCCCUUGCCCUUUCUGCAGGUACCCUUGUCAAGAGAGGCAGUGGACUGCCAACAGCCAGCUGGCAAAAAUCAUUGACACCUGCCAGCUCCUCCACAGCAGCAGGAACGAGAUGAGGCAGCAGGGCCCUCACUUGUGUGAGAGGCACAACCAGGUGCUGAGCUUCUUCUGUGAGGAGGACUUACAGAUGCUGUGUUCUGACUGUGUUCAGCCCCCUGACCACCAGGACCACCAUGUGGGGUCUGUGGAGGAGGUUGCCCCCUACUACAGACAGUGUAUCACCCAGUACAGCAGUCUCCUGACGAAGUAUAAAGGAGGAUUCCAGGAAGAAGAAGACAGGCAAAACAGAAGAGUCCAGGAACUGAGAGACCAAGUGACUAAGAAGAGGGUGAAGUUAGCCUCUGAGUUAAAGCACACUGUAGACUUUCUGAACAGGCAGCAUGAGGCAGCUCUCUCCAGCCUAGCUGAGGAAGAGAAGAGUGUUCAGCAUAGAUACAACACCAAUAGCACUGCCUUUGAGGACAACAUCUCUAGCACUGAGGCUCUGCUCAAGGACAUAGCAGAAAAGAGUGUGCUGCCAGAUCUGGAUAUGCUGACCGAGGUCAAGAGGAUCCAUGACAGAUAUGGGAGCCUGAAGCCCCCAGCUCUUUACUCUGUCCAGCUAAGGAGGCCGCUGUGUGGUCUGCCUCCACUGCAGUCAGCCAUGGAGAAGAUCAGGGAGAAAUUCAGAGCAGAUGUGACUCUGGAUCCACACACUGCACACCCUAAUCUCCAUGUGUCCAAGAACAAGAAAUCUGUGACAUUGCUGAAGGAAAGGGGUGAAGAUCAUCUCCAAAGACAGCAGGGAAUUCCAUUUGAUCUCGAAGUCCUGGGCUCUGAAGAGUUCUGUGGCGGCCGCCAUUACUGGGAGGUGCAGGUAGAGGACAAGCCUACCUGGGCCAUAGGGGUGUGUAGCCACUCCCCUUCUGGCAGGUUGCAGCAGCUCCCCCUCUUUCAGAAGAAGCGCUGGACCAUUCAACUGCAGGAUGGAGACUAUGUGGCAGGAGGUGCCCGUCCUGCUGUUCUGACUUUGAAGACCAAGCCCAGAGGCAUUGGAGUUUACCUGGACUGGGAGCUGGGGCAGAUUUCCUUCUACAACUUGAGUGACAACUCCCACAUCCAUUCUGUCUGGCAGACAUUUGAUGACUCACUGAAGCCUUAUUUCUGCCUGGGCCCAGACUCUCUUCCUCUUACACUCUGUGCAGCAGGAGGUUGUGAAGAAUGA